UAUUGCUCAUAUGGAAGCUCCAAGAUCACUCAUUCAACCUCCAACUUAUGGAAGCCAAAUCACUAUUCUUAGCAUUGAUGGAGGUGGAAUAAGAGGCAUUAUUCCGGGAACCAUCCUUUUCUUUUUGGAGUCUGAGCUUCAGAAGCUGGAUGGCGCAGAUGCAAGAGUUGCAGACUACUUUGAUGUGAUUUCAGGGACAAGCACUGGUGGACUCGUGACUGCUAUGCUAGCUGCUCCAAACAAGCAAAACCGCCCUUUCUUUGCUGCCAAAGACAUUAAUGACUUCUAACUUGAGAACAGCUCUAAAAUAUUUCCU